GGGCAGGUCCUGGGUGGCCGUCGUAUCUGGAUCACCGCAGUUUGCAGGGGACGCGGUGCAGCCGACCAGACAGCCACCAUGGGGACAGCCUCCGGGCCCUUUCACUUGCCGGAGCUGUGUGACCAGAAGCUCUUGGAGUUUGUCUGCAAUGUGGAAAACAAGGACCUGGUGUGGCUGCAGGAGAUUGAGGAGGAGGCCGUGCGAAUGUUCACCAGGGAUUUUAACAAAGAGCCUGAGCUGAUGCCCAAGACUCCUUCUCAGAAGAACCGGUCGAAGAAGCGGAGAAUUUCUUAUGUUCAGGAUGAAAACCGAGAUCCCGUCCGGAAAAGGUUGUCGCGCAAGAAGAAGCGGAGCAGCCAGCGGCUCUCCCGGCAGCUCCGCAACAAGGACAAGGUGGAGAAGCUGUCUACAGCUGCUGGGGACAGCCCGGUCCUUCGGCGUGUGACCCGUGCCACCGCUGCUGCCGCUGCUGCUGCCGCCGCUGCCACCACCCCAGCACCCAUCCCCGAGUCACCCACAACCCCGGCCCAGACUCCAAAACCUGGGGCCGGCCUCUCCCAGACUGUGCCUUCGAUGCCCGUGGUAGAGAUCAGGGCCAAAGAUCGCCGGAGCGCCGAGGAACACCUCAGGCAGUGCCAGUCUGCCAGGGCUCCGUCUCCAGCCCCCCACGCCAUUGAAUCCUCGGAUGAAGAAACUACCCCCAGGAGGCCUGAGUCUGUGGCUGUGAGCGCUAUGAUGGUGACGCCCCAGGACGCCAAGGACCGGCCACCCAGAGCAGGGCGCUCGGUCUCCAAGCUCAGGAUCGCCCAGGCCACCCCGGUCCCACAGGCCUCGCCAGCCUCCCCGUGGCAGGAGCGGGUGCUGCUGCCCAUCUUGCCCGAUAACUUCUCCUCGACCCCGGGGACCCGUGUGGAGCGCAGGUCGGUGCGACGCAGCCUUCUAGCCCCGUCCAACCAGAAAGCCCAGGUCUCGCUGGCCGAGAAGUUCUCGCUGGUGGCCAAGCAGGACCUCCCGGUCCGCAGUUCCAGCAGAAUCUCCAGGAAGGACCCCGAAGAGCCCACCGCCUCCGCCCGCAUCAUUUGCCACAGCUACCUGGAGAGGCUCCUGAAUGUGGAGGUGCCCCAGAAAGCCAGCCCCCCGCAGGAGGACCAGGAGCCCAGAGAGGAACCUGUGGAGGAACCUGUGGCUGCACCUGAGGUCUCCAAGAUCGCUAUUAACACGCCUGGCUCCCGGACUGUGGUUGGAGACUCAGAUACUUCCCCGGAGGGGGAUCCCGAGACCACGGCGGACCACGCCAAGGACCCCAAGGAGCUGGCAUCAUUGUACUUUGUUACAGAGACCACGGCGGACCACACCAAGGACCUCAAGGAGCUGGUCCACAGUGCCAGGUGUGCAUCUGCGAAGGCCCUGGGAGCCCACAGCGUAGGGUUGUGGGGUGUGGCUGGGCCUGGUUCUCCCACUGGUUGGAGGAGGAAGCGUAGCUACAAGCACGCAGUGAGUGACCUGGAUGAGGAGGAGGUGGAGGAGCAGGAGGAGGAGGAGUUGCGGCACCCCAAUAUCAAGACUCCAUCCCCGCUCUGCCCUGCAAACAAGGUGGUGCGGCCCUUGCGGACCUUUCUGCACACGGUGCAGCGGAACCAAAUGCUCAUGACCCCGACCUCAGCGUCUCGUGGUGUGAAGACCUUCAUCAAGCGUAACACGUCUAUGCGCGUGGACCCCAAGUGCAGCUUCGUUGAGAAGGAGCGGCAGCGUCUGGAGAACCUGCGGCGGAAGGAAGAGGCGGAACUGCUGCGGAGGCAGAAGGUGGAAGAGGACAAGCGACGGCGGCUGGAGGAGGUGAAACUGAAGCGUGAAGAGCGUCUCCGCAAGGUGCUGCAGGCACGCGAGCGGGUGAAGCAGAUCAAAGAAGAGAAGAAAAAGCAGAUCGAGCAGAAGUUCGCACAGAUCGAGGAGAAGAACGAGAAGGCCAAGGAGGAGCGUCUGGCGGAGGAGAAGGCCAAGAAAAAGGCUGCAGCCAGGAAGAUGGAAGAGGUGGAGGCUCGCCGGAAGCAGGAGGAGGAGGCCCGCAGGCUCCGGUGGCUGCAGCAGGAGGAGGAGCGGCGCCACCAGGAGCUGCUGCAGAAGAAGAAGGAGGAGGAGCGGAAGGUGGCCGAUGCCAAGCGGCUGGCAGAGCAGCGAGAACUGGAGCGGCGCCAGGAGCAGGAGCGGCUGCAGGCCGAGAGGGAGCAGAUGGAGCGGGAGAAGGCCCUUCGGCUGCAAAGAGAGCGGCUGCAGAGGGAGCUGGAGGAAAAGAAGAAAAAGGAAGAGCAGCAGCGCCUGGCUGAACGGCAGCUGCAGGAAGAACAGGAGAGGAAGGCCAAGGAGGCGGCGGCCAGUAAGGCCCUGAACGUGACCGUGGACGUGCAGUCCCCAGCCUGCACCUCCUAUCAGAUGACUCCGCAAGGACCCCGGAACGCCCCCAAGAUCAACCCUGAUAACUAUGGGAUGGACCUGAACAGUGAUGACUCCACAGACGAUGAGGCCCAUCCCCGGAAGCCCAUCCCAGGCUGGGCACGAGGAACCCAGCUCAGCCAGGCCAUCAUCCACCAGUACUACCACCCCUGGAACCUUCUUGACCUCUUCGGCCCCAUCCUCCCGCUGGACCUGGAGGACAUCUUCAAGAAGAGCAAGCCUCGCUACCACAAGCGCACCAGCUCGGCCGUGUGGAACUCGCCGCCUCUGCACGGCCCCCGGGUGCCUGGCAGCCUGGCCUACAGCCUGAAGAAGUACUGAGGCCCCGCUGCUGUGUCCGUUGUUAUGUUUGUCUGUCCGUCCAUCCACUGUCCUGUCCUGUGAAUGUCUAUGUGCUCUGUGCUGCGGCCCGCUCGGGAUCCAGGCCGGGGAAGAAGCAGGCCCCCCGCGCCAAGCCCUGCUGCAGCAGCCUCUGUAAAUAGAGUGUGACCAC